UCAUUCCGCUGAAGUCAUAAAAGGAAACGGGGAAAUCAAAUUAAGAACUGAAUCACAGUCAGCCCAUAGUAAAAUAAGGGAAGUGAAAUGUCCUUUCAGACCAAACGUAAACACAGCCAGCUAACUUAGCUCCUAACACAUCAACAAGUUAUCGAACGAAAUUUGUAUGUACUGGAUUUUACACACACACAUAUUCUGUCACAGACUGUGAAGAUGGGGAUGCUGUGUUUCCGGUUACCCGGUCACGGUGACACCACCCUGAAGCACAUGAACUCGCUGAGGUCCAAGCAGCACUUCUGUGAUAUCACCAUUGUAGCGAGCGGCAGCCAGACGUUUCGGGGACACAAGGUGGUGCUGGCUGCCUGCUCUCCAUUCCUCAGAGAUCAGUUCUUGCUCAACCCUUCCUCAAAACUACAGGUAUCAGUGCUUCACAGUUCCAGUGUGCUAUGGGACCUGCUCCUGUCCUGUUACACUGGGGUGCUGCAGUUCAGCCACAAGGAGAUCGUGAACUACCUGACGGCCGCUAGCUACCUGCAGAUGGAGCACGUUGUGGAGAGAUGUCGAGGAGCCCUGAACAAAUACAUGCAGCCUAGGAACCCCAGUCCACCCCAGAGCAUAAAAACAGAGGAAGGCUAUUCGCUUCCCUCUAUGUCACCAGUAGACCAUUCCUCUUCUGCACAGUCCCCGGGUGAUACCACUGACACACACACCCAGACACCCAACGAUACCUGCGGCUCACUGGAUGAUUCCCUGAUAAAGGUGAAUAUCUUAGACGAUGAGGAGUCCAGAGAAGACUAUGGAGUCGACCAGGUGUACAUUCAGGAGACCGGGCAGGUGAUUGUCACCAAAAGAGAGGGUGACGAAGCAGACCCCACGGAGGGGCAUGUUUACCUGGGGACGGACAGCAUCAUGGUGGAGGGUGACAGGGCAGAGGGGGAAGGGGAAGACGCCGCCUCACAAGCAACAGAUCUGUGUAUUAGCGGAUUCAUGAGGGAGGGGCUCAACGCUCUGAGACGCCGUUUGUCUGAGCCUAAAGUGGGUCGGGGGAGGGGUCGGGGGAGGGGGUUUAAGAAGAGGAAAUGGAGCUCCUACAACGAGAGGAGGUCUGUAGGGGUUUCCUUUCCAGAAGAGUGGCCCUUUCCUACCGCAGGGGACAUCACGGGGCAGGGCUUCGGCCUGGACUUCAGCCAGGAGGCACUGAGGGCGGCCUACCUGGCUGGCGAGCUCCCACAGCUGGACUUCAGGGUCGGGGAGACUCAAGGAGAGGAGGCCACCCCUGGAGAUGCUGGUGGUACAGCCCAUUAUAGCUUGGAUGAGGAAGGUCGACUGGAGAUGGGGGCCGUACCAACGGACGAAGGGGGUGACGAGUCCGUGGCAGUGGUAGGGUCCACUUCCAGUGGGGCGGGUCCUGUGGCAUGUGAGCACUGUGGACUAACGUUCCCCUCGGCCCACUCGCUGGCCGUCCACUCCCGCUCCACCCACCUGCUGUACGUGUGCCCUUGCUGUGGGAAGCACUUCCACCACUCCACCAACCUGGACCGUCACAUGAGCGUCCACCGGGGGGCCAAGUCCCACAGCUGCCCGCUGUGCUUCAAGACCUUCACCCAGAAGUCCACGCUGUGCGACCACAUGAACCUUCACAGCGGCGAGCGGCCGCACCACUGUGCCUACUGUCACGCUCGCUUCGCCCACAAGCCCGCCCUGCGGCGCCACCUGAAGGAGCAGCACGGGAAGACAACGGGGCAGAACUCUCUCCACGAGCAGGCGGAGAAGCAGAGGGAGCAGGGAGAAGGGGGGGGGGGGGCGGCCUCUCAAUGAGGCGGAGAGGUCUGGCAUGACGACGUGAGACAGAGACAGGCAGACCAGCUAGCCCUUGUUGGUGUGUGGGGGGGGGAUGAAAUGUUACUUGGGAUUUUAAGUGUGAUUUUGGAACAGGAUGAGUGUGUGUGUGUGUGUGUGUGUGUCAUGAAGGGAAUACUACUGUUUUAUUUUUAGACCCUAGAAACCUCCUUUAGACUCCUAGUAUUCACUGGCUUACCAAUAACAUAUUCUGUAUUUAUUAUUAAAUGAUUUUAAACAAUGUGA